CAUAUAUAUACAAGCAUUCAUGUACCUUCCCUUUUCCAUUAAUCAUCACAUACGUACUCAUUGUUCUUCUUUACUAAAAACAUCACCACACUCACAUAUAUACGCAUAUACCUCUCUAUAUUUUUUAUAUAUACUCUUCUCAUAAAGUAGACUCUAUGGAUAAUAAAUCUCCAAGAUCAAAAGAAAUCUUGGGACCAAGACCAACUCCAUUGAAAAUCCGUAAAGACUCUCACAAGAUCAUCAAGAAGCCACCACUAGCGCCACAACCACUGCAAUCACAACCACCGCAGCUACCCGAGCGAGAACCAUCACAACUAUUGCCUCCACGCGGUCCAGUGAUAAUAUACACUGUAUCUCCCAAGAUUAUCCAUACACACCCUAAUAAUUUCAUGACAUUGGUUCAACGUCUCACAGGCAAAACCUCUACCUCCACAAUUCCAUCCUCCUCUUCUCCAUCAACCUUAGCACUAGACUACACAUCUGCGUCACGAGACACGUCAGCAGUGUUCGAUGCAUCCCGUGGUUCGAUAUCUCCGGCGGCUAGGUAUGCUGCGAUGGAGAAAGCUAAUGCCUCAAAUGAACUAGGGUUUGUGGGUGGCGUAGAGAGUACGAAUCAAUAUUACCAACAUGACUAUCAUCAAAACCGAGCUACCGAACGUGCUGGGAUCUUGUCUCCAGGGCCCGCUUCUCUACCGCAGAUAUCGCCAGAUUUCUUUUCUACGGUUGGAACAUCUGAUCCUCAAGGUUUUUCGUCGUUCUUCAAUGACUUUAGCUCUAUCCUACAAGCCACUCCAACGAUCCCGUCUCCUUCUUCCAUGGACCUUUUCACAAAUUUUUUUGAUUGUUAGAUUGGGAUUUUAUUUCAAAUUGAACUUAGUUUUACAAGUAUUAUAGAGAGACACAUGAUGUAUUAUACGUUUUUCAUCAUUUUUAGGAGACACUCUCAUAGAAUUAGAGGGGUUAUACUUCUGCAUGUCGUGAUGUUGACGUCAUCUGUUAGAAUCCAAUUGACAAUUUGAUGAUAUAUGUAUUCGUGUUCGGUGGGCAUUUUCAUAGUUUUAAA